AUGCUUCAUAGUCUGACACACAUGCAAGGACAGGCUAUAAGGCGUAUCCCUUAUCGAAUAUUGUAUGUUCGAAUGCAUACAGGUUGUACUAGUUUCCACAAAUAUCAAACAAACCAUAUCAGUGAGUUGAUAACUAUCAUUAAAGAGGAAAAAACUUUGACCACAUCUAGAAAGGAAUUGUUUAAGUCGUAUUGGAGAGAACAUCAUUUGCAGUCAGCCAAAAACAGACCGAUAGCGUCGCUUCUUAAGGAAGUAGAUCUACCCAGUUUUGUGAGGUUUAUAUCCAAGACAAAGUUGAAAUCAUCUACCGCAAGGGGCAUCUAUAGAAGAGAAAUAAUGUACAAUAACUCUGACGUCUCCUUUGCUAAUGAACUUGUAAACACAAUUUCCGGAGAAGGGAUAACUUUUCACACGAAGGAUGAUGUCUUUCGUUGGUGCUUUUUCGAUUCAUUGACAACAAAUGACAUCCUCAUGGCUGCUGAUAUUUUUCUUUUAUAUUACUCAAAUAAUAACGAAACUAUUGAUAAUGAAUUAACGUUGAAGCUCAUCACUGCACUUUCAUUUCAAAAUCCCCCGUAUGAUAAGCCACACUUGAAAAAGUUUUUAAAGCUUUGUCAAUUAAUGGAGAAACGUUCAUCUUCAUUAACCUUGACUCGUUUUCAACUCCAGAACCUUUGUGAUAAAGCAUUAUCUCUGGAUAACACACCGUUACUAUCUAAACUUGUUCUGACCAAACUCAUGCAUGCCAACUUCUAUCCUAGUACUAAAACAAGAGAUUCCAAAAUGAUGGUUGCCUACAAACUAAUUGAUCAAGAUUAUCAAAUGAGAAAUGUAUCAGGCGUUUUCUUAACGUGGACCACAAUCAAAAAUCAUUACACAUCUUUUGAUAAGCAUGAUCCAAGAAUAUUAUACAAGGUUUUCAAGAUAGCAAAACAGAAUAAGGCUUAUCUAGGUGUGUGUAGAGAAUUGAUGGAAAAGCUGACGCCAGUAUACUACUGCAAUGACCCCCUCCUUUUACCUGUUGUUAUAAAUUACACUACUCAAAUUGGUGAUUUCGAUCAAGCUACACAACUGAUUAAAGAUAUGAAAGAAAAUAUGAACGACGCAGCUCAAAAUAGACGUUUCUAUCGUAAAAGAACUUUGAACUCGUUACUAAAACUACAUUUGAAGUUUCAUGACUUCAGCAGUGUAGAUAAAAUUUUAAAAGAAAUUGUUGACCUAUUUGGCAAGUUGUCAUCAAGCAAUUAUCAGGCAAUCAUCUCACAUCUUCUAAAUACAGAAAAGGUGGACAACCUGAAAAAAGCACUUAAGCUUUUGAACAUUAUUGAGCCAAGCGAAAGAUUGUCGGCAUACGCGACUCUAAUAACAAAGCUUGUGGAAUGGAACUUGGCCGGGAAGAGCGCUUUAAGUAGAAAUCACUUGGCAGUAAUAAAUGAACUGUUAACUAAGGCAGAUAAACAGGAUCCAGAACAUUUAAACUCGUUGUGGAAUAUUGUAGCGUCACUUUACAUAAAGACUUUACUUCAUUGUACCAACAAAUCUUCUGGAAAAAGUUCAAAUACUAAAAUAAAAUCUUCCACUAAAUCUUUGGACCUCGCUAAACUAAUAUUCCUGAAAUCAGUCAAUGUUUCAAACACUAAAGAAGUUGACUCGAACCCUUUUUCGACAUUUGAUCCAUAUAACAUCAAGCUCAAACUCUCCUCAUCAAAUAAGGUUGUCAUUUUGAAGAACAUAGCAAUGGUUGCGUUAAAGUGUAAAAGGAAAGAUAUUUUUUUGUGGUGUUGUUCAAUGCUUUAUCAAGACGGAAUGUCAUCCAUUGAUUUAAUGGCAGAUUGGAACAUAAUUCUGAAGCAUCAAUUUAGGAAAUCUCGAUAUGAAAGUUUAGAUUCUUUUCUUAAUAAUAGUACGAAAGAAGGUGUCAAAUUUAUAAAGGAUACACUCAAAUAG